CCCAGGACGCAGAGAGAGUGCGGGUGUGAAGUGGGAUGAUUUGCUCAGAAGUGUGUGAGCCGGUGAUGAGAUUCCCCGGACUGGGCAUCCUAACAAGCGUGAACAGCUCAGCAGUCCGUGCCCUGAAAUGGCAUUGGUGGCAUCCGCUUGAGAGACAAAGGUGUCUACGAAACUAUGAAUGAUAGAGGAACUUCACUUGAAACUAAAGAGUACCCUGUUACUGAGAUACAAAAAAAUCAAGUAUUGUCUCUGGAAGAAUGGCAAGAAAAGUGGGUGAAACACAAUAUUUCAUUUCAUCAAGAAGAAGGACAUCGGCUACUAAAGAAGCAUUUGGAUGCUUUUUGUAACGAUGGGAGUACACUCAGGAUAUUUUUCCCUCUUUGUGGAAAAGCAGUUGAGAUGAGAUGGUUUGCAGACUUGGGACAUAGCGUUGUUGGUGUGGAAAUCAGUGAACUGGCGAUACGGGAAUUUUUUACAGAGCAGAAUCUUUCCUACUCAGAGGAACCAAUCCCUGAAAUCCCUGGAGCCAAAGUGUUUAAGAGUUCUUCAGGGAAUAUUUCUUUGUACUGUUGCAACAUUUUUGAUCUUCCAAGAGCAAAUAUUGGCCAGUUUGACCGGUUUUGGGAUAGAGGAGCCUUAGUCGCUAUCAAUCCAGGUGAUCGACAACGCUAUGCUGAUACAAUGUUGUCCCUUACAAGAAAAGAGUUUCGCUACUUCCUGUGUGUUGUAUCUUACGAUCCAACUAAACAUCCAGGUCCACCAUUUUAUGUUCCAUAUGCUGAAAUUAAAAGAUUGUUUGGUACGGCGCUCAGUAUUCAUUGUCUUGAGAGUGUUGAUGCUUUUGAAGAACGACAUAGAAAUUGGGGAAUUGACUACCUUUUUGAAAAGUUAUAUCUACUUACAGAAAAGUAAAUGAGACAUAAAAUUGAGUAACAUCAACAUGUUUUUAAGCAAUUGAAGAUUAUGCUCUCAUGAAAAUAUAAUUAAUGACUUUAAAAAAUGUACUUACAGACUGUGUCACAGAUCUUUGCUGAACAAUGCAUAUAACUUUUUAGAAAAAAACCACAUACUAAAAUGUUACAAUGGCUACCUUUUGAGAGGAGAGUAUGAUUGGGGAUGGAAGCAAACUAUACCUAGAUGUUUUACAGAUUCUAUACAAAACCUGUAGGUAUAUGUAUACUUAGAGAUGCCAAGAAAUGUUUACAUUCAGCAUGUAUUACUUAUAAAGUUAAAAAAUAAAAGAGAAAUACAAUGCAUAUAAUUUAAAGAAAUAUAAUAUAGCAAAUUUGGCAUUCUUUAUGAAAUUUAGAACCAUUGAAGAAAUGUAACACUUUAAUCAUGUGAAGGGUAAAAGAAAGUGAUCUUAGUGAUCUAAUGCUGCUAUAACAGAAAUAUCACAAGUGGAUGGCUUUAACAAACAGAAGUUUAUUCUCUCAUGGUUUAGGAGGCUAGAAGUUUGAAUUCAGGGCACCAGCACUAGGAGAAGGCUUUCUCUCUCUGUUUGCUCUGGGGGAAGGUCCUUGUUUCCUUUCAACAUCUGUGGGCCCAGCUUUCCUUGGAAAUCUUCGUGUGUCUUAGCAUCCAUCUUCCCUGAGUCUAGGAGGUUCAUAGUGCAGAGACCCUGGGUCCAAAGGGUACACUUUGCUCUUGGCUCUUCUUUUUUGGUGUAGGUCCCUCCCUUUCUGCUCACUUCUCACUCCUUUUGUCUUGUAAGAUAAAAGGUGAUGCAGGCCACACCCCAGGGAAACUCCCCUUUCAUCAUACCAGGGCUGUGACCUGAAUAAGGGUGUUGUAUCCCACACUAAUCCAAAUUAACAUGACCUAAUCUGGCCUCAUUAACGUAACGGACAGUUCACUCCUAAAUGGGACCAUAACCAUAGGCAUAGAGGCUACGAUUUACAAAAUGGAGGACAACUACAUAAUACUGGGAAUCAUGGCCUAGCCAAGUUGACACAUUUUCAGAGGACACAUUUCAAUCCAUGAUGGUGGUCUAUGAAAUUAUAUAAAAUACUAGCUUUUACUAUGACUCAUAUUAUACUCGAAUCCUAACACCCCUUUUCACUUUCUGUCCCUUAUAUAAUAAUUUUAUAUGUAACAGAAUCAAGAAAUAAAAAUUUUUAAUUAAAUGAACCAACCUAUAUGGAGCAAGCUAUUUUUCCCAAACUGUAAAAGUAAAGUUUUUUUUCAGUCUUUUUUCUGAGUUUCAGUUUUUUAUUUCUUCAGGCUAAUCUUUCUUAAGUGAUACAGUCUUAGGAAGUACAAAAUACAUAGGGCUGGAUUCAUGAUUAUCCACUAUGAAAGUUCAGAUUCAAAACUUUGAAGUUUUUCGUUAACAAUCGCUUUUAUUAAACCAGCCAUUCCAUUUUAUUAAACCUAAUCGUACUACCUAAUACCUAGAAAUUUUGGAUUGUUUAACUCAUACAAACCACAUACUAAAAUGUUAAUAGGAUAGUAUAUUUCAUUAAAAAAUAAGUUAUUUAA